AUGUAUACUUCAACAACAGAUAUAGUGUCUGGAAUAUGCCCGCCUGCGUUUGCUGGUACAAGCGGUAAUCUUUUCCUUAAUGCAAUAUCAACCGUGAUUCUUACACACUGUUCUAUUUUUGACGACUAUCGUUGGCCGCCGGAUAAUUCUAACAUCAUUUUGGAAAAAGAAACAGAGAUCUCCUAUGAUUUUUUGAUAAUUGGAGCAGGCUCUGCUGGGUCGUUAGUAGCUGGUGAAAUGUCGAAUUCAAACAUAGGUUCUGUUUUAUUAAUAGAGGCAGGUGACGAUCCCGGAAUAGAUAGUGAAAUACCUGCUUUUUUAUUUCUCAAUCAGAAUUCAGAUAUUGACUGGUACUACAAAACAUCACGCAGUAAGGAUAGUUGUUUAGGAUUCAUAAAUGAAAGUUGUAUUUGGAGUAAAGGGAGGGGUAUGGGGGGCUCGAGUUCCAUAAACGCGAUGAUUUACGUGCGAGGCCAUCCAAAGGAUUACGAUUAUUGGGAGAGCUUAGGUAAUUCUAGAUGGGGCUACAAGGAUUUGUUAAAAUAUUUUGAGAAGCAAGAAUAUCUUUUUAAUUUUUCAAAUGUCGCGCCUAAGGAAUUUCAUAAUCCAUGGUACGAUAUUAUUGACAGCGCUUGGCAAGAAUUAGGCUUGAAAUCGCAUAAAUAUGAAGGAGAUGAAUCCCUAAUUGGUACGAGAAAAGUAAAACUAACUACCAGGAAUGGAAAACGCUUAAACACAGCCAAAAUAUUUUUAAAAGACUCUAGUGAGACAUUGGAUAUUAUGAAAAAUACAUUUGUCAGUAAGAUUUUAUUUAAAAAUGGUAAUGCCGUUGGUGUCGAGAUGAAACAUAAAAAUGGAAAGAAAAAGAUAAUCAAGGCAAAGAAAGAAAUCAUUUUAUCAGCUGGGUCAAUAGCUACGCCACAAAUACUUAUGCAGUCUGGUGUAGGACCAAAAGAUUACAUUGAACGAAUGGGUAUUGAGAGCAUUAUCAAUCUAGAUGUAGGUCAUAACCUCCAAGACCAUAUAUUUUUUCCAUUAUUUCUAAAAACAAAUCAAAAUGCUACUCUGUCCAUGGAAGUAAUUAAUAUUCUCCUAGUACAGUAUAUGUUGACUAGAUCAGGUCCUUUUUCUACAAUUGGCAUCACAGAUUUCACAGCGUUCAUUGAUAGUUCACACCUUACUGAUAAACCAGAUAUUCAGUAUCAUCAUACAUACUUUACUAAGAACGACACAUUUACGUUGAAACCGUAUCUAGAGGGCCUCCGUUAUAAAAGAGAAAUCAUACACGCGAUCCAAGAACUGAAUAAUGAGCAUGAUUUAAUUGGCAUAUAUCCUACGUUAUUAUAUCCGAAAUCUAGAGGCCGUAUUUUGCUGUCUAAGACGGAGAAACAACCGAUAAUAGAAACAAAUUAUCUUCAACAUCCAGACGAUAUGGAUACACUAUUAAAGGCCAUUAAUUUUGUACACAGAUUAGAAGCCACAAAGGCGUUUAAGUCUCUUGCCAUGGAAAUAUUACAUUUACGUAUUCCUACGUGUUCGGCGUCUUUUAAUACGGAAAACUAUUGGAAAUGUUAUAUUCGACAUAUGGCAACCACAAUUUACCACCCAGUCGGCAGUGCCAAGAUGGGUCCAAAAGGGGAUAAAACCUCAGUAGUGAGUGACCAAUUGCUGGUGCAUGGCACAAGUAAUCUAAGGGUUGUAGACGCGAGUAUUAUGCCUUCGUUACCGGGUGGCAAUACUAUGGCUCCAACAUUGGUAAUAGCUCAAAAGGGUGUUGAUAUAAUUUUAAAUAAAUACAAGAAUAGAAAUGAGUUGUAG